GAUGCUGCAACAUCUGCUGCUGGUGCUCGGGUUAGGCCGGGCUUUGGCCGCGCGUCAGUUCGACACGCUACCCAACUACAGGAUCCCAGCCAACGCUGUGUCAUCAACCAUGGACGCAGCGACAUCUUGUCAAUGCUUGUCUCAGUGCCUCGUGCAACCAACGUGUCUGGGGGCGACAUUCGGACCCGGGUAUGCGGGUGAGAACAAGAAGCAACAGAAGUUGGUGUGCCACUUCACCUUCUCCUUGGUACCACAAGAACUACUGGUUCUGUCCCAAGGGUCGGCGUCGAGUGGAAGUGCCUACGUCACAUACCUCCUUAAAAUCAAAGACUACAUUGACCCGAAUAAGUACAACAAAUUGAUUCUUGCGGAAACCGAGCUGCACUCGACGGAAGACGACCAGGAAGACAAUGACGAAGACGAUAAGUGAGAACAUUGAUGAAAUUUCUCCACGUUUCAACGAGAUAGUUGGUUAUUUUUAGAUGAUAUAACGUAAAUAAACAUUGAUUAUAACUAUCGAAGUCAGUAGAAAAAAUGGUAUCGAUUGUUCAUCAGUUUUCUUGAAUGCCAACAAAUAAAUUGUUCUCCGCUGUUAGUCACUGGUUUGUAUGAAAUUCGUUUAAUCGAAGUAACUAUUUAGAAUAUUUUCAAACUCCCGCGAGCUCACCGAUGCGUGUCAUCAGUUAUAAUCUUUGUGGCAUCACAAAUAAAUGAAUCAAACGCACGCGAUUUGGAAGGAACGAAAGACAGCACACUUUUUUUAACCACUUGUAAUAUCUUUUAAACUAAUUACGCGAUUCUUUCAUUGCACCAAUGAUGUUUUAUGUACACGUAAAAUUUUGCUUGAAAACAACACACUUAUGUAACUCGUGCCUGAAAAAUGUCUAGAACCUUGA